AUGGAUGAUUCUGAUGAAUACAUCAGUGAUGUGGAGGCCAUCCAGGUAAAACGUCGUUCUACAAGAAAAUCUCAAGUCAAAAGUGAUUUGAAGGGUGCAAAUGGAGGUUAUUCAUGGGAAGAUGAAUACCAACGUAGUUGGGAUAUUGUGAAAGAAGAUGAAGCUGGUAGUCUUGCCGGUAUAGUAUCUGGAUUAAUCGAAUCAAAGAAGAAAAGAAUCAUCAAGAAUGUCACACCUUUUCAGAGAGGUAUCAUCCGUAAUUUGAUUCUGGUGAUCGAUAUGAGCUCUUCGAUGUUAGAAAAGGAUCUUCGACCAAAUAGACAUGCUUUGACUAUUACUAAUGUGAUCCAAUUCAUAACGGAAUUCUUUGACCAAAAUCCUAUCUCACAACUGGGUAUUAUUGUUAUGAGAAACGGUAUAGCUCAACUUGUGAGUCAAGUUAGUGGGAAUCCACAGGAUCACAUAGAUGCAUUGAAAUCUAUUAAAAAAUUGGAGCCUAAGGGCGAUCCAUCCUUACAAAAUGCACUCGAAAUGUCUCGUGGACUAUUACUACACGUUGCAUCUCAUUGUACCAGAGAGGUACUCGUCGUGUUUGGAUCACUGUUAACAAUUGACCCAGGUAAUAUUCACAAAACGGUGAAAUCACUUGUUGAAGAGAAGGUGAGGGUAAAGAUUAUCGGGCUUUCAGCGCAGGUGUCAAUCUGUAAGGAGAUUUGCAAGAAGACAAAUUUCAACGAUGAAAGCUCAUAUAAAGUUAUAUUAAACGAACACCAUUUCAAAGAUCUUUUGACGGAAGCUGUGGUGCCUCUCCCAGUGAAUAAGAUCAACAAGAGUUUUACUCUUGUGAAGAUGGGGUUUCCUUCAAGGGUUUCACAGGAUACACCCUCCUUUUGCUCAUGUCAUUCUAAGCUGACAUACGGUGGCUAUGUGUGUCCUAACUGCAAAUCAAAAGUAUGCUCUCUACCCACGAUAUGUCCAUGUUGUAACAUGAUGCUUAUCCUCUCUACGCAUCUCGCACGUUCAUAUCAUCACCUCAUUCCCCUCAAGAACUUUGAAGAAGUACCUGUUGCCGAUGAAUAUGACUCCACACAAUGUUUUGCAUGUCAGAGUGAAUUCCCUGAUUUUAUCGCAAACAAGACAACGAGUUCACGGUAUAGGUGUGUUGAUUGCAAUCAGCAUUUCUGUAUUGAUUGUGAUGUCUUCAUCCAUGAGAUGAUGCACAAUUGUCCAGGAUGCGAGAAUAUCUGA